AAGGUUGGAGAUUGGCCUAUAAUUAGCUAAGACAGCUGGGUCUAGAGAUGCUUUUUAAUGCUUUAGUUUGUCUUAAGAACUUAAGUGAACGCUGCAAAUAUUUUAAGUGGAUUCUUUUGCAACCCAAGAAUCAGCAGAUCUAUUCCAUAUAUGCUUUGUUUUGAUCCACAGACGCCUAUUCUGUCCUCAUUCUUGUUUUUUCAUUAGGACUGCUUACUAGUUCUUUUUUUUUUUUUUUUAAAUCUUCAGUCGACCCACCUGCUCCCUCAUGCCAGGAGGGACUCUACCUCCCAAGGUUUCUGCACCCAAUGCCUGCAAAUGGAGCACACAUCACAGCAGAGGUCAACAAAGAGGUAGAGAUCCGAAUCAAAGCCCCGGCAUCAUAUUCAGUAAUACAAGAUAUCAUCAUCAGCGGGCCAAUGAAUAUGACCAAACACAGGACCACACAUGAUGAGUUUGUCCUUCGGUGGACGCCAUUAAAGAGUCACCUGGGAGAUCAUUUUCCAGUCUGCUUUGCUGUGGAAUCUGUGACAGGGCUGGGUGUAACCAGCUUUCCAAGUGUUACACAUUCCCACUCACAUGCCAACCCAACCUCACAGUCUGGUGUCUAUCAGUCUGAGAUGAGGUGUGCUAUCUUGGAUGUCAGGAAGGAGGGAAUUAAAACCAAUAUGAUCUGCACUGAGUUCACAAUGAGAGUUGAGAUUGACAAAUCGUCCUUCCGUGGACUCCACAAGGAUCACCUGCGUCUCAGUGAACCCAGCAACACCCUCUGCAGCCUGGAGAGAUACUCCAACAGCACUCACGUCAUCGGCAUCAUCUCCCUCAAUGCUUGCGGCACUCAAAUUGAGGAAGAUGAUGAAAACUUCAUUUUUAAGAAUGAAAUCACCACAGUAGAUGACAACACAGAUCUGAUCACCAGGAAACACCAGCUGGAAGUAGAGUUCUACUGCCAGUACCCAAAAAAGGGAAAUGUGAUGGAGGGCUUCACGGCACACAGGAAGAACGUCACAGUGUGGGAUAAAGGCUUCGGCACGUUCACCUACCAGUUUGAGUUCUACCCAAACAACCACUUCCAAAAUGAUCCGAAUUCAUACCCUCUGGAGUAUGACGUGGGAGAGAAGAUAUACAUGGAGAUAGAUGCCUCCUCUACAGUAAGCAACACCGAGAUUUUUGUGGAGUCCUGCAGAGCUUCGCCAUAUGACAACCCCAACUACCACCCGACCUACUCCAUCAUCGAAAAUGGGUGCCCAGUGGACUCCACUGUUAUGACCCAUGCACCAGACAACAAGAGACAGUUUAGGUUCUGCAUCGAGGCCUUCAAGUUCAUUGGUUUGCACGAUCAGGUAUACAUCAGCUGUUCACUGAUGGUAUGUGAAGCAGGAAACCCCAACACCAGGUGCUCACAGGGAUGCAUCAACUCCACGUCAAAUGCUCACCACCACUCCCACCGCCGAAAGAGGGGGGCUAUCAUGCAGACUGCACAGCACUUCAUUUCCCAGGGUCCCCUGCGCUUGAAGAGGUCAGCAGACAUCAGCAGGAGUGAAGGGAACACCACGAACCUGAACCUGGUCUUCAUAGCUGGAUGUCUUCUUGCUGGCGUGCUCAUGUUCAGGGCCAAAACAUCAAGGGUCAAAUACCAAGCUUUGUCCUCAAGGGAAAGUUAAAACCCUUCGUGUGCCCCAGUGGAUGAGAUGAAAUUAUUUAGAUCAUCCUGCAGUCUGAUUCUGGGUGUUUAUGUAUCUUAUGCUAACUGAUUAAACUGAAUUAACUGAUUAACAUCGAUUAUUUUUUAUCAGUUAUUAGAAUAUUACACAGCCUUGGGUGCAUACGC